UACAAAACGUUAUUAUUUAUAAUUGAAAUAAAACAUAUAAAAUUCGCGCCGUGAUAAAAUGGAGAACAGAACACUGUUCAUAUUUCUCAUGGUAUUAUUUUCUUUUAUAACCCCAUGUUUUAUGUCCAAUGGACGCAAGUAUGACGUGGAAACUGAAGCCUUCAAGCUGUACGGUGAAGAUUUUCGUACUGUCCUGCGGCGGUUUAGGAAGACUCCUGAUUAUCUGAAGAUAUUGACUGAUAAGUUGCAUGACCUGGAGACAUACCUAGCGGAGAUGAGCCUCCAAGUGCUUCAUUAUUACCACGGCAAAAUGGCGCAGAGGGUCAAUGACAUCAUCGGCGUCUCCCGCUUCGAGGAUGGGGGCACAUCCCCCACUCCUAUGCUCUACUACCACGCUUAUGGCAGCAGGAGACAGCAGGAUGAUCCGAAUCAAGAGGAGUACAGCAGGGUAGGAAUCAAAGUGCUGGAUGGCUAUCGCAUGUUCUCCCAUCCUCUAUCGGUCCAAGAGAGGAACAGCUUCAAAGACCUUGGCUUCGAGUUUGCUGGAAAUAUAAUACAUGCCAUUAUUUCUAACAUGGGACCGGUGGACUCCCCUCCAAGAUCUACACGACAGCCGUUUGGUGGGGACUUGGAUAAGGCUGUUCCAACCAUAGCUGAUCAGCCCCACACACACGAGGUGACCACUGACGGUUCGUCUAACAUCGCAAGAGGCUUCGUUGACGAGACCACCACUGAAUCUUUCAGAUUCAGGGUUAAGGAAACAACAGUAAAAGCACCAGCAGCAAACGUAACUACGAAAGCUAAUAGCAAAAGCAGCUCUUAAUAUAUAAAAAAAUAAUAAGCAAUAAAAAUAGAUCAGCAGAGCUGUUUAAAUUCUUCAAACGUUUGUCGUAUUUAUAGAAUGUUAGGUAAAACGAGAGAUGUAAUUAAUAUAAUCUAAUUGUGGAACCUAAGUGUGGGAAAGCCAUGCUUCACGAAUGGGCCGACUCAGCCGGUGUGAUGCCACGGCACGGGAAGGAAAUGCCGGCCUCAUCUAGUUAUUUAAGAGAUUGAUGUGUAAAAGAGUUACAUUGUAACCUAUUUGCAAAAUAAAUAUCAUGUAUCAUUUCCUUUGAUGAAGAAUUUUCUCGUUUAAC